AUGGCCGAGCGGACAUUAGUCCGAGUCCGAGGGACUGGCAACCUCCUGGCGGAGGGAGUAAGAGGCCUGCUGGAGUUCAGUCAGCCUUAUCCUGGAGAUAACUUGGCCGGGGUACAAUCACCCGGGCGGUUUCUGGUGUACUCACCCGGUCACGGAGCAACGUAUGUUGUGAAAGAUGGCGUCAACAGCCUGACAAGUGAAUUGUCACUUGAGCUGCUCCUGGACCCAAGGUUCGAGCUGGCAGCCUGGUACACGCGUCGGGUAAGCCAACAGCUGAACCUGGGAGAUGGUCAUGUCUCACCAAGGCACCGAAUCGCCGUCGACGAUAUGUUGGGCAUUCAGCUGGGCUUCUAUUUGGAAGACGCGGUCGCUCAAGGCUGGUUCAUCUGUGAAGAUGAUAUCAACAUUGAGCCCUGUUUCUCAGUCAAUGACAGAUGGGGACCUACCGUGCCAUCGGCAUACGUUCUCGAGGGGUUUGGAAGCGGAGAAGACCUUAUCAGAGUGACCGUAACGAGACAGCAACUCCUGGAGGGCAAGACGGACGUGGUGGGCAUGCUAGUCAAAGCCCGCCAGAGGCAACUACUGAGGGAGAUUAGGCCGUGUAGUCCGAUGGUACCCCAAGACGACUGGUGGCUGACUUACAAACCAAUGAAGGCCGAUGGGGAAAACCCAGGCGUGAUUUUGUGCCAUGGGGCCCAGGUGCCCUCGGACAAAGUGGGGAGCAUUGCUAGGUCGGCCUCCUUCCCGAGAUCGGGGGAGACCGUAGUCGUGAAGCUGCUGGUUGUGGUGGUCCAUGUGAAUGGUCACCUGCUUUGA